AUGGCAUUCUCCUCCACAAUCGCGGCGGUCUUGACGGUCUUGGCCCUGGCGGCAGCCGCCGGACCUGCGGCGGGGCAGAUGGGAUGCGCCUCCGACCUGAUCCCCUGCGCGGACGCCUUGAACUCCACGCAACCGUCGAGCGCCUGCUGCUCCGCCAUACGGCAGGUCGUGACGACCCAGCUGACGUGCCUCUGCUCCCUGUACAAAAAUCAGGCGGCCCUUCCCGGGAUCAACAUGACGCAAGCGCUUCAGAUCCCACGGCGCUGCAACAUCUCCAGUGACGUCAGCGUCUGCAAUGCUGUGGCUCCAACAGGUUCCUCUCACCACCCACCUCCAGCGCCGGAGAGGGGCAACGGAGCCAGCACAAGAGACAAUGGAGCAAGCACAUCAUCUUGGAUGGGAAUGCCAAUUGUACUCUUACUCUCUGCUGUGGCAUUUCACUAUAAUUAG